AUGGUAUACAAAGAUCAUAAAAAUCAUCCUACAAUAGCAUGUUAUUCAGGAUCAUUAUUUCUAACAUCACUAGCAUCAAGUUUAAUAGGCUUUAUCCGAUUAAUUCAAAACUCAAAAUCUGAACAAAGUAUCAUUUGCAGCCUUCAGGGUGUUUUAAUUAUUUAUGUUACGCUUGCCUCUGAUAUAUGGCCCGUUUGUAUCGCUUUUAAUGUUUGGGUUCAAUUUAAUUCUAAUAGUUUACAAGGGAGGGAUAGAUGGUCCAUUAGGAUGUUAUUGUUUGUUUAUGCAAUAAUAAGUUGGGGUGUGCCUGUGUUCUUAACUUUCGCAGCUUCUAUAAAAUCUAUUAUGAAUGGAGAUAUGAUUUCUUGGCCCAAUUACUGUUUUCCUACUCCGUCUGGAAUUCACACAGCUAUCUUUUUAAUAUGUGUAGCGGCCAUGACCACAACUUUAGCAUUCUCAGUUAGGAAUGUUAUAUUAACAAUUAAAUACGACACUGGUCAAUUAGGCGAUAGUCUUGUGAUUAACCGUAUUAAUUUCGUUUGGGUUAUUUGUGCCGACUUUGCGAUGUCUGCAACACCGUGGAUCACAUUCGUAUUCUUUGGAACCACAUCCGAGGCAGUUCGUAAAUAUUUGCCAAGAUUUUGUUUUUCGUAUAAAGACAAUGACAAGAUACCCGUGAGGCCUUCAAUGAUAGAUCGAAAAAGUAUAAACACUUCAUCUUUUCUAUCACAUGAACCUUCUCUGGAUGAUUCGACUGUGGUAACCGAAGAAAAAGGUUCUCCACAAACUCCUCAACAUAACUUUGCAAUGCCAGGUGGCAGUAGUGUGUCGACGUUUAGCCAACGCGUGGAUCCGAAUUCACCUGAUCCAUUUAGUCAUCGUAAAAAUCCUUCUUUGACAAUUAAGAUUGAUCCUAUCAGACCUGCAGAUGAUUCAAAGAUGGCUAAUUCUAGGGUUUCACGUGUUCGAAAAGGCAAAGAAAGAGCAACUGCUAUAAAGAAAUCUUUUUUGUAUAAAACUUAUGCGGAUGGCUCAAACGAUGAUUAUGGAUCCAAGAAUCAAGAUUCUUCUAAAAAUAAGAAAGUUGAUGUGUCGCGUGGAAAAUCCUCGGCUUUCCACGAAACAGCAAUGCCAAAUCGUAGAUCUCCACGUCAAACACGACAUACUAUUACCGAAGGAAGCAAGAUCCAAUCACGUGAUAUUAUGAAUGAACCAGUCAGAUUUCUCUUGAAACAAUUUUCGUUCGAAAAACGUCAUAAAUCCGAAUCUAUAAUUAAAAUUCCACUCGAGUUUGGUAUAAAAACUUAUUCACAUCAUAGUUUGCUCUCAAUUCCAUCACUAAAUAAAGUAACAGAUAAUAAAACAACAGAUAAUCAUGUGGAAAAUGUAAUGUCAUCAUCGUCUACAUCACAAAUAGUAGUGACGGAUGAUUCACAAAACAUAAUGCCCUUGCCACAAUCGUUAUCCUCAUUAAUACCACAAACAGGAUUAUCAGCACCUCCGCGUAAAUCGUCCAAAGAGUCUAUGAAGAAACAAACAAUAAAUUAUCCACCAAAUUUCUACCUCACUGUAAAUAACGGUUCUUUGUCAACAAAUGCGACUUUUGGAUCACAAAUAACUCCAAACUCAAUGGUGACAGGCAUUGUUAAUUCCUCCCUUGAUCAAAAUCUUUUUGCAGAAAGUAGUAAUAAUCUUUCAUUUCGGUCACCGUCGUUAAAAUUACCAUCGACGCCUUCAUUUGGCACAAUGGCAGUACAUUCAACACAAAGAACAAAUACACAAUCAUCGUCAAGUUCAAAAUCCUCAAAAACAUCAUCCAAUAAUCGAAGUAGUGCUGGUACCACAAGGUCUUCUAAUGGAUUUACUUUAACGCCAAGAGGCAGUUAUCCUUUUAAUACUACGCGACCUGUAACCAAUAACGACAACGGAUCAUCAUCACUUGCUUUUGAUGAUGAGAAUGAAGAGAGGAUGGGAGAACUUAGACGAAUUGUAGAAGAAUUUAACCAAUCUUCAUUCAAAACACAAGAUUCAUCAUUGUGA